AUGGAAAUUAAUUCUAAUUUAUUCUCGUCGGAAUCUAAGAAGGGAACGGCUAAUCCUAAUAUCCCGUACAAAAGCGCAGUGGGCGCACUUAUUUAUUUAACGCAAGCGACACGCCCAGACUUGGCUUAUGCGGUCAGCAGUGUGAGUCGGUUCAACAGCAAUUACGAUACGUCACAUUGGGAGGCAGUCAAACGUAUACUCAGGUAUCUGCAAAAAACUAAAGAUUUAUGCUUACAAUAUUCUCAAGAUAAGAACAGCAAUCUUAUUGGAUAUUGCGAUGCAAGCCAUGGUUGUGACGGGCACGAUGCGAGGUCAGUCUCGGGAUAUAUUUUCAUUAUGCAAGGUGGAGCAGUAAGCUGGAAUUCCAGGAGACAGCAGACUGUGGCAUUAUCCAGCACAGAAGCAGAAUAUCUGUCGCUUACUGCCGCUGCUCAGGAGGCCAUUUGGUUGAAAAAUAUCACAGUAGAGCUUGAAAUACAGCCUCGCAAGUCCUAUCUACUGUGA